UUUCCCUCUUCCUCCUCCCCGCGCGUUUCCUUUGCCCGCGGCGCGCUCCGGCAGGAAGGGAGCGGCCGCAGGGAUGGAGCGGAUCGCGGCAGGGAUGCCGUAGCUCCCGGGAUACCCCGGCCCGCUGCUCCCCGCCGGGACGCGGUGAAGCUGCCAUUCCCAAACCUCUCUGCAAUGGCCUCAGGGAAUGAGGGGGACCCUCCGCAGGCGCGGGGACGCCGGGGAAGCCACAGGCUCAGCUCAGAAGGCCGCGUGGCGGAGGAGGCCGAGGAGGUGUUCCGCAGCUACGCCUUCUACCGCUACCAGCAGGAGCGCCAGGAGCGCGGCGCCGAGCUGCCGCCCGACCCCGAGAUCGAGCAAAUCCAGCAGGACCUGGAGAGCACCGGCAGCCAGGUGGGGCAGCGCCUGGCCAUCAUCGGGGACGACAUCUACAGGCGCUACGACGCCGAGUUCCGCACCAUGCUGGAGAGCCUGCAGCCCAGCCGCGACAACGCCUACGAGCACUUCACCAAAAUUGCCUCCAGCCUGUUCGAGAGUGGCAUCAACUGGGGCCGGGUGAUCGCCCUGCUGGCCUUCGGCUACCGCCUGGCCAUGCACGUGUGGCAGCGCGGCGGCGGCGGCUUCCUGCGCCGCAUCGCGCGCUACGUGGGCGACUUCAUGCUGCAGAACCGCAUCGCGCGCUGGAUCGCCCAGCAGGGAGGAUGGGAGGCCGUGCAGCACCUGGACAAUGUUUACGUGAAGUACGUGCUGGUGGCAGCCGUGGUGGUGGUGGUGCACCUGGUGCUGCGGCGCUUCUUCACCUCCUGAGGGCCACGGGCACGGGGCCGGGGGGCACCGAGCACCCCCUG